UGACUUUUAUAAUCAUAACUAACUAUAACCUUCUUCCUUUGUUCAGUUUUCAAGAAUUUAAAUUUUGUGUUUUUUUUCUAAAUCCUCAAUGAUUGCUGUAAAAAAAUUACAAAGACUCUCUCCAACUUUUAAACUAUUUACUUUCAAGUUAAGAUUUUAUGCUGAUGAUUCUGCGAAGAAAAAAUGUGUACCUCCCAAAAUGGCGUGCAUGACAGGGGGGAAGUCUGAUGUAUGUGUGUACUCACCACCACCAUCCACUCUGCAAGAAACAUGCAAACCAGCACCAAAACAUCCAGAAGCAAUAGCUCUAGAAGACUUACCACUUCCUUCUCCAUUAUCAGCCAAUGUGGUUGUAAUUGGUGCUGGUAUUUCGGGACUUACAGCAGCCCAAAAGUUAAUCAAGGAAGGAAUCACAAAUACUAUUGUUCUUGAAGCAUCAUCUAGACCUGGAGGGAGAAUCAGAUCUGCACACAUGGGAGAUACUGUGGUCGAGCUUGGACCUUUUUGUGAAUUCCCUAAAAAAGUGUAUGAAAUGCCAAUUGUAGAUGCUGCAGUAAAAUUAGGUUUGAUUAAACUUGGCCCAACAGAUCCAACAAAAGGAUUAUUGGUAAAUAGCGAUGGUACCCAACUCCCAACUCCAAUUUCAUUUAUGGCAUUUAAAGAAUUAGCUGAAAUGCUAGAAGAGGCUAAACGUUUACGGUCUAGUACAGACGCUUCAGAGGAAAUGAUGAUCAACCAUUAUAUUGGAAUAAAAAUGCACCAGGUUUUAAAAAGAAUUCCGCCAGAAAGUGCAGAGACUGCCACAAGAGCUUUAGUUGGACUUUCUAGUUACCUUGUAGAACACCAAGUAAUCUCUGAUGGCGUUGGAGCAUAUACUGUUGUACCUGGAGGCAUAAAAGUGCCUCUCGGAGGUGUAGGCAGAUUAUCUCAACUUAUAGCUGAUGUCGGUGAUCACAUUUUAUAUAACAAAAGGGUUGAUAAAAUCAAGUAUGGGACAGUAACGCAUGACCAGAAGCCAAGGGCUAUUGUUAGGUGCACAGAUGGUACUCAGUACCAGGCUGACUGUGUACUUGUGACUCUUCCCCUUGGGGUUCUCAAGGAAGAGUGGGAGUCUAUGUUCUCACCACAUCUACCGGCUCACAAGCUUGCCGCUCUCGUCUCUCUGGAAUACAAUGUAAAGGAAAAGAUUUAUGUAGAGUGGUCCCAGCCUCUGUGGGUGUGGCGUGAUACACCUCUCAAUCGCAAAUUCAAAGGUUGUGAGUUGAAAGGGCGCUCUGACUGGACUAAAAACAUGUCCAGUAUCAAAGAAGUACCAGGCUCUCAGCGGCUUCUUCAGUUCAUCAUCAAAGGUGGUGAUUCCAAAGAAAUGAUAAGAUCGUCUGAUGCAGAUGUGUUAAAUGCUAUCCUACAAUUUUUGAAGGAUUGGCUUGGUGAUGAAUCCAUACCAAUGCCAAAGAGUCUCAUGCGAUCUAACUGGGGAGACAACCCACUUUUUAGAGGGUCUUAUACCACCUCUAAAAAUGAAAAUGAAGAACGCGUACUAGCUGAAGCUCUGCCACGGACUUCGUGUGAUGGUUAUCCAAUCCUGUAUUUUGCAGGUGAAGCAACAAGUCAGGGUCUAUGUGGGACUUUACAGGGUGCCAUUUUAUCAGGAAUCCGAGAGGCUGAUAAAAUCAUUUCAGGUAUUAAAAGAAAUGCAAACUAUUCUCAACACCCUUGUUCAAGUGUGACAACUGGCAUAUGUGCCAACUAACUCAAAGACCUGUAACAUGCAAAUAUUGUGACAGUCCAAGAAAUAUAAAAUUUUAAUUUGUC